ACGCCUGUGGCGCCACCUCGACUUGACAGUUGCAACAAUGCACAACAACUAAUUAAAAUUCACAAGUUUGUCUCUAAAUUUGGCCUCUCAAAAACUUCUUGAAAACAAUUAGUCACAGAUCCGUCCACCGAUGUGAACGAAACCCACUCAAAAUGAAACCAGCACACAAACUCAACUAACCUCAAAAUGUCAACCCAAUUCUCGCUGUCAAACCACCGACAGCCCAAGCGUUUCUCCAUCGACGACGCUUUCGAGGAGGAAACGGACGAGGCCAUCAAGGUAUACGGCGCCACGACCCCCCGGUCGCCCAGCGCCAGCUCGCCGCAGGUGGACGUCCGCAUCGACAAUGGCCGGGGGUACAAGCUGGCGAACGACACUUCGCGAGACAGCGACUCGCUCAUCCAAGACUGCUACGACAACUCCAGCCAAGACUAUGUAGACCGGUCGUGUUUCCGCCACCCCAAGGUCCGGGAGAACUGGAGGAUGGUCCUCGCCGCCGUCACUCUGCUCAUCAUCGGCGUGGGGCUGCUGACGACGGGGACGGUAUCGCUGGCCGAGCCCAACUCGGGACUGCAGGGCUCGGUGUUCCUGUUGGCGGGGUUCAUUUGUUUCGUGCCGGGGGCGUACCAUGUGGUUUAUAUUUAUUUAGCUGCUAAGGGGAAGCGGGGUUACCAUUUUCAUAAUUUGCCCUUGUUCACGUAGGUUGUCGCGUGCGCACUCACUUUUCUGGCUUGUGCCGAGCAUCACACUCACUAAUCUUAAGGUACAAAAUAAGACUUAUUUUUUAAUAUGUAUGUAUAUUCGCAUUUCUUGGAAUUAAUACCAAAGCUGGGUCUCUCGGAUUGUAGGUUGAAUAUUUUUUGACUGUGUUGUGAAUCUCUGUCAGAUUAUUUAUGAUUUUUUAAGUGAUAGUUUGUACGGUUUCACUUUUAUUAAUAUAAAUUGUAUAUUAUGCUGGCAA